UCGCUGGUUCCGGCGGCGGGGCCGAGCGGGAGCGGCCCCGGCAGCGGCACCGGGAGCGGCCCCGGCGCGGCCCGGCCCCGCCAUGUGGUUCAUGUACGUGCUCAGCUGGCUGUCCCUGCUCGUGCAGGUGGCCUUUGUCACCCUGGCCAUCGCGGCCGGGCUCUACUACCUGGCAGAGCUGAUCGAGGAGUACACGGUGGCCACCAGGAGGAUCAUCAAAUCCAUGAUCUGGUUCUCCUCGGCGGUGCAGCUGGGGCUCUUCCUGUUCGAGCACUUCCCGCCCUUCCUGGUGGCCACGGGGCUCUUCAGCAACCUGGUGUACCUGGGGCUGCUGCAGAGCUUCCCCUGCAUCGUGCUCAGCUCCUCCAACUUCCUCCUCUCCUGCGUCCUGGUCGUGGUCAAUCACUACCUGGCAUUCCAAUAUUUUGCUGAGGAAUUUUAUCUCUUCUCCGAGGUCCUGGCUUAUUUCACCUUCUGCCUGUGGUUGAUCCCCUUCGCCUUCUUCGUGUCGCUGUCGGCCGGGGAGAACGUCCUGCCCUCCACGGUGCAGCCCGGAGACGACGUCGUCUCCAAUUAUUUCACCAAGGGGAAAAGAGGGAAACGCUCCGGGAUUCUCCUCAUUUUCUCCUUCAUCAAGGAAGCCAUCCUGCCCAGCAGGCAGAAAAUUUACUGAAAUCCGGGAAUAUUCGGGAAUUUUUGGGAAUAUCCAGAAGAUCCCCAGCCGGAAUAUCCCAAAUUUUUGCCUCUUUCCGGGAAUUCUUUGGGAAUUCAGAGACUUGGACACUCCUGGAGGUGCCGACCACGCUUGGGGGUUUUUCCUGCUGAUUCCUUGGGAAUGUUUUCGUGGAAAAUCUUGGGAAUUUUGGGGAUCUCCAAGUUCUCUGUGGGGUUUUUUUGGAGCUGCUCCUGGAUUUUUCUGAGGGGUCCACAGAGCCGUGAAUUCUAAAAAAAAAUGGGAAAAAUUGGGAUAAAUCCAGAGGAUUCCAGCUGUCCCUUCAUCCUCUUUUUCCAGAAGGAAUGAUCCCAAAAAAAAAAAUCAGGAUUUGGGUGGUUCAAAUCUUGAAAAUUCCCAUUUUUCCCUCCAGCAAAGCCUGGGAAGGAGUUGAUGGGAAUGGAUUUUCCAUGGGAAUCUCAGUUUUCCAAGGAAUUCCCAGAAUUCCGGAUUUUUCUGAUCCUGCAGAGGGGGAAUGUUGAGAAUUCCCAGAUUUUUCCUUCCUCUUCCAAAGGGUGAAAAUCCUCCGAGGGAGCUGCAAAUUUCUCCUUUCCCCUCAGAAAAUUCCCAUUUUUUUUCCGGAUUUUUCCAUUCCCACCCCAGCCACGUUUGGGAAUUCCUGAUCCAGAUGAUUUUUUGAGGAAUUCCCAAAAAAAUGCCUUUGGAAAAGCUGGAAUUCUACUCUGAGACCUCUUGGAUUGAGAUUUUUUUGUUGAUUUUUGGGUUUUUUCCCCUCUGGAUUUGCUGGAAAAUUCCAGGAUGGGAAUGAGGAAAAUCAGGAAUUCCUGAUUCCUUUGAAUCCCGAUUUUCCAGGGAAUUUUUCCAGCUGUUUUUCCAUAUUUUUCCAGCCUGGAUUUCCAGGAGCUGAAUCAGAUUUUAGGGAAAUCGUGGAAUUCCAUAAAUAUUUAACCAGGAAAUGGAAAUUCGGGAUGAAAUUUGGGAAAAACAUUCCCGGGAAUGCGGGAAAUUGAUGAAUAAAGUGGAGAAAUCCUGGA